AUGACGAAUCGAUCCUAUGGAAACCCAGUUACUUCUAGGCGUCACUUAUGGAAGGCAUUUUGGAGCGUUCAAGAUUGUGAAGUUGGGGCCUUGGAUUCUGCAGCAAAUAAUGGUUACAGCGAUGUUAAUUAUGACACUGACUUACAGUGCAUUUACAACCGGGAGCUUGAAGGAAGCAGUGAGUUUCGUUGUACCAGCUGCGGACGAAGCAAUAAGAAAGCAGUUCUCUCACUUCGUUCUGACACCGGCCAAACGUCACGCCAUGUCUUGCCGUAUGAUUCCUUGCUUAAUGCGACUGUGGUGCAUAUUGAUCACAAAGAAAACAAUCUUUAUGUUAGGCCUGACGUCUUCCAAGAAAAAGCAGCGGUUUUAGAAACUCGCUUACGUUGCGUUUCAUUUGAUGUUCUUGAACCGCUGGGAUCACGGAAUGUUAGAAUUGGCCAAGUAUAUCUUGUCUUCAGUUCAGUAACCAAGUGUUUUGCACGUGCUGUUUGUGGGCAUAUGAAAUAUACACACCAGAAUAUAACACGCUAUCAGAUGUAUUUUGUCGAUGAUGGACGUUUGGAAUUUGUUGAACAAAAAGAUGUUUUCUUGCUCCCCUUUGCACUAGGAGUGAUUCCGCCUGUGUGUGUUCCUCUGGAUCUUGCAAACUGUAGUAAAAGUCUCGCGUUUUCGACCUGCGUUGAUCAUUUUCGUUCAUUACAAGUUGGGUCCAGGAUUGUUUUUGCGUUAAAAAGUCAAACGGUGGAGGAUGAUCAGGGUGGAGGUCAAAGCAGUUACCAAAAUGAAAACUUUCCUUUAACUUUCACAUCCAAAAUAUUUGUUGGUGACACUGUGAGAUUUGAAAUAACUUGUCCUAAGAACGCUCAGGUCGACUCUGGAUAUGCACGUUUCAGUUACGGUGCAUUACAAGAUCAGUGGUCUUCUUUUUCUGCAUUUCCGUCGCUAGCACGGCAGAAGAUUCUGCCGUGUGACACAACAGUUCGCGUUGCGCGAAGAUGUGAUCGAGAGGGUAUAUACUGGAUGGUUGAUGAAAGGCUGUUGCAGUUUGUUGAAGAGAUUCUUACACAGCCGACAAAUUUCCUCGCUAUUGAGGAGUCGCAUGUGAAACUUUAUCCUUGUCUUGCGCAUGUUAAAGUUGAUGGUGAAUUUGGUCGGUCCACAUAUUGCAGGGCUCUACUUCGUAACUUCAGUCCAAACUGCAGAAGAUGCAAUGUGUUUUUAGUUGAUUACGCAAAGUUUGUGACAUGUGAUGUAUUUUCACUUUUUACGCUAGAAGGCCAGCCUCAGCAGGUGUACGAGACUCCGGCUGCCGCAUUUUUAUCUGUGGUGCAAAAUCGAGAUGCAAAUGGAGUGGUGCAGCAGAGCCGUGCUUAUUUAUGUGAAGGAGUGUCUUAUUCUAUAACUCUUCUCUCGGUAGACAGCGAAGGAAUUUUUUACUCUUCAGUUUAUUUUCCAACUAUAGAAAAUAUGUUUGACUCAGUGGCCAGAAAUGAACUUUGUAACAUUCAUAACAGUGGAGUUGGCGUCAACCAGACAUUGUUGAAUGGUUGUGAAAACAGUGACAAUGCGGACGGUAGUUCUGCGGGUGUUAAUCUCAAUCCGUUUUGUAGGAGUAAAAGAACGAAAGAAGAAGAUGAUAUUUUUGAAAGGAGAAAUUUUAGUGUAAAAGGAGCUUUAAUGAAACUGGAGGACAAAGUGACCAAGUACUAUGACGAUCUCUAUCGUAAAUUAGAAAUUCUGAGCAUGCAUGAGCGCGACUUAUUACGAGAGGCUAAAUACUAUAAAACGACUCCGUUUUCAAGGGCAAAGAAUGGAGUGACGCCUUCAAAGUAUUCAAAAAUGGAUAGGAAUAUUGGGAAGUUACCUGUCUAUUCCAACCGUUAUCUUGGCAAAGAAGAUGACACGAUCCAAAAGAGUAGUUGUGCUGAUAACCAUAAUGCAAUACGAAUUGAAAAAUUCAAAAAACUGCGGGAUUUCGAGUUGGGAUUGUUAAAACAACGUCAGACCACUAAAAUUCAACUUCGUAACUGUUCAAGGGAGAAAAGCAGACCAACUUCAAGGAAGCAUGAACAUGCUCUGAGGAAUGGAUGUGGAGAAUCAGAUCAUAAGGAAGGCUUCGUAGUAGAAGAGUUUCGCAGAAGUGAGGGUUCUUCUUCAGCCGACUCAGGAAUUGAUCAUAGCGAUGAGGACGUUCCAUUAGCAGAAUUUUGGACAGGAUUUGCUGAAUGGCCAAGUAAAAUGAAUUUGGCACAGCAGAUUAAUCAUUUAGUUCUUAUUAUUGGUGCAACUUGUAAUGGUGGUGAUAGUGUGUUUGUCCUCAAGAACGAGAAUUACAGAAUUAAAUGUUCAUUUACUUUGUUUAUUUCUCAUCCUCUGCCCUCCGCUUCCUCAUUGAGACAAUUGCAAGUUUUCGUUUAUGGUUCAUCUUUAAAUGAUCAGCCCUUAUUCAACCAUACAGUCGUUCUGAGUGGAGGGCAGUAUUGGGUCAGGCGCUCAGAUGAUGAUUAUGCGUGCUUACGCUGGCCCUUGUUCUUCGUUCAUAUUCUGUCUGAUGAGAAUAUGGACUUUCUAGAGCAGCACCUUGAUUCGAUUCAGGCUUCCAUUCACCUUGAUGUUUCGGAAAUGGAACCUGGUACGCUUUGCGUUGCGUAUUGCUCCAAAUACAAAGCUAAGUUUCGUGCUGUUAUCAGCACUGUCAAGUCGGAAGCGUUAGAAGUCUUUUACGUUGACUACGGUAAUUAUGAAUGGUUAAAGCCAUCGAGUGUCUACUCUAUAGAGCAUCUUAGCCAUGCACUUAAAACUCACCCAGGUAUGGCAAUCCCAUGCAUACUGUCACCUUUUGAUGUCGGGAAUUUCUCAUUUGAAGAGAACUGUAAAAUUAGAGAAGCAUUCAAGGAAUCAGUGGCUUCCGAGGAUGACUUAUUUCGUCUUCGUUUUGUAGCUCAACGUGCUGAUGGCGUCUAUGUGGUAGAAAGAUGUGACGUGUAA